AUGGUGCCCCUCUCCGGACCCUGGACCCACCGCCUCGCCGCCGGGGGACCCCCGCGCCUCCUCCUCCUCUUCCUUGCGCUGCUGCUGCUCGGCGCCCUCUCGUCGCAGGAGCCGUGCACACUGCCACCGCCGUCGUGCCACAUCCUCGCCCGGAUCGGACACAGCGUGCGCCUCGGCGCGCUGCUGCCCGCCCGCCAGCCGGCCCGGAUACAGAACGCGCUCAACCGCGCCCUAGCUAGCCUCCGGCACCAGAACGCCGCCGCAGCUGCAACCACCUCGGACUCCACCGCCACCUCCAGCACCCCGGGCAGCGGCAACCCGGCUCGGAGCCUCCCGCUGCUGCCCUACAACCUGAGCCUGGAAGUGCUGGCUCGCUCCCCGGCCGGAUGGGACCCUGCGUCGCUGUCCCGCUGCGCCUGCCAGGAGCUGGUGGUGCGCGGGGUGAGCGCCGUGCUCGCCUUUCCGCGCUCCAGCGAGGAGCUCGUCCAGGUGGAGUUCCUCUCCUCUUUCCUGGAGACCCCCUUCAUCUCCAUCCUGGAGGACACGGAGCCCCUGGUCACUAAGGUGUGUCAGAACCUGAAAUUAUAUCAGGAUGGCCAGAGGAAGGCUCUCAGGAGUGACGAUUUACAUCGUCACCACUCGCCUCCUGAAAACCGCAGUCCAACUCCGGGUCACGACACCACCAACGCCUUCCACCUGCAGAUGUCGGCCCGCGUGCCUCCGUCGUCACUGGGAAGCCUGCUGCUCGCCGUCCUGCAGGCGGGCAACGGGGACCACGGCGAUGCCGGGGAGGAAGGCGGCUGGCGAGGCGCGGCCGUGCUUUGCCCCGGUUGGGAGGAAGGCAGCGACGGUCUGCUGUCCCACCUGCAGAGCCACAGCGGGGCCGCCUGGCACCUGUGGAACGUGGUCAACCUGACCCACGUCUCCAACGCCGCUGGCGAGGAGAGGCGGGAGGACCAGAGGGAAGAAGAGGUCCUGCGAAUCCUCUCCACACGUUUACUCCGGGCCGCCUCGCCCGUCUCCAACGUCCUCCUGCUGGGCUCGGACCCCGAGUGCCUCUCUUCGGUGCUUCGGGUAGCCCAGCGGCUCGCCCCGUCGUUGCCGGCCCUGCAGUGGAUCAUGGGCUACCCGCUGUCGCCGGACUCCCUGCAUACUUUGGGGGGCCCCCUGGGACUUCUGGCCUAUGGGGAAGUGGGGCGCAAGCCCAUCAGCUUCUACAUUCGCGAUGCGCUGCAGCUGAUUGGCCGAGCCAUCACGGUGGCAGCCGCGGCCAGGCCCGACUUGGCGCUGAUACAGAACAUGGUCAACUGUUACGAUAAAGCCACGCGACGGGAACCGCCUUCUUCGGGACGAUAUCUGUCCAGGUUUUUCUCCAACACCUCCUUCACUGGUGCCACAGGCCUGAUCCAGGUGGACGGCGACCUCUCCAGAGUUCUUUCCUCACAGCUCUUCCAUGUCUGGAGCCUUAAGAGGGGCGCCUUGGGCCAGCCGGCCUGGGUGACUGUCGGUCAGUGGUCCCGAGGCAGGUUGGAGUUGGAAGGCGGUGUCCAGGGGCUGGUGGGAGGCUUCAGCAGCAGCCAGGGUCAAGGCCUCGGCGCCGGGGUGAGGGGAAGUGACGGUCAAGGGGAUUUUAACCCCGGGGGACGCUGGAGGCCCGGGCUGUCUGUGGAGGGGCAUCGUCUGCAGGUGGUCACCCUGGUGGAACACCCGUUUGUGUUCACCCGCGAGGUGGACGAGGACGGGUUGUGUCCUGCAGGACAGCUCUGUCUGGACCCCAGGACCAACAGGUCGGAUGUGAUACAAGGACUGUUCAACCAGUUGCAUAACCCGAACGCAUCAGCAGCAGAUUGGGAAGGCAGUGGCCUUCCGGAGGAUCUGCGUAAGUGCUGCUACGGCUACUGCAUCGACCUGCUGGAGAAGCUGGCGGAGGACAUGGGCUUUACCUUUGACCUCUACAUUGUCGGGGACGGGAAGUACGGGGCCACGAGCGGCGGCGGCCGCUGGACGGGCCUGGUGGGCGACCUGAGGAGCGGCACGGCGGACAUGGCGGUCACCUCGUUUUCCAUCAACUCGGCCAGGAGCAGAGUCAUAGACUUCACUUCGCCCUUCUACUCCACCAGCCUGGGCAUCCUGGUGCGUAGUCAGGACACCGCCGCCCCCAUCGGCGCCUUCAUGUGGCCCCUGCAUUGGUCCAUGUGGGUGGGCAUCUUCGUCACGCUGCACCUCACCGCCCUCUUCCUCACCCUGUACGAGUGGAACAGCCCCUUCGGCAUGACCCCACACGGGCGCAACAGGGUUCGCGUCUUCUCCUACUCCUCCGCCCUCAACCUGUGCUACGCCAUCUUGUUUGGCCGCACCGUGGCCACCAAGACCCCUAAAUGCUGGACGGGCCGCUUCCUGAUGAACCUGUGGGCCAUCUUCUGCCUGCUGGUGCUCUCCAGCUACACGGCCAACCUGGCCGCCGUCAUGGUGGGCGAAAAGACCUUCGAGCAGGUGUCGGGAAUCCACGACGACAAGCUGCACCAUCCGUCGCUGGGGUUCCGGUUCGGCACAGUGCGGGAAAGCAGCGCCGAGGAUUACAUGAAGAAGAGCUUUCCCGAAAUGCACGACUACAUGCGGCGCUUCAACCAGCCCACCACCCCUGAGGGCGUGCGUAUGCUCAAGACGGAUCCUCCCAGUCUGGAUGCCUUCAUCAUGGACAAAGCCCUGCUAGAUUUCGAGGUGUCCAUCGACGCAGACUGUAAGCUGCUGACGGUGGGCAAGCCGUUCGCCAUUGAAGGCUACGGCAUCGGCCUGCCGCAAGGUUCACCUCUGACCCGCAACGUGUCCGAGUUCGUCAGCCGCUACAAGUCAGACGGCUUCAUGGACAUGCUGCACGACAAAUGGUACAAAGUGGUGCCCUGCGGGAAGCGCGUCUUUGCCGUCACUGAGACGCUCCAGAUGGGCAUCCAGCACUUCUCGGGCCUGUUUGUGCUGCUGUGCAUGGGGGUGGGCGGCGCCUUGCUGACCUUGGCGGGCGAGCACACCUUUUAUCACCUGGUCAUCCCGCGCCUCCGUAACAGACACACGCUGCAGUACUGGCUACACACCAGCCAGAAAAUUCACCGAGCUCUCCACACGGCGUAUGAGGAAGAAGGCAAAGAGCUGACGGGUCUUGAGCAAAGCGCCUCUUCUUGCAUCUCGGACAACUGCAGCCUGCAUAGAAAGCAGCAUCAGCAGGCUCCCCCGCCGUCUCCCCCCAAAUCCCUCCCCGCCUCCAGCGGCAGCUCCUCGUCGCCGUCCCACGAGCCCAAGGAAAAGCGGGUGCACUUUGACCUGGACACCCUCCACAGCUACCGGCUGCGCACCCACACCGCCUCAGUGCGGGGACGCCCCGGCAUGGUGGGCCGGCCCGGGUUGGGCCUCGGCGGUUUGGGUCUCCCCAGCCUGGGGAAUUUGGGCCUCCAAGCCAACGGGGGUCCCGUCUCGGCGCUGGCAUCUGCGGGUUUGGUACUCUCUCCUUUGGGGGGGAGGGGCGGACAGACCAGCCUGUGGGAAGGGGAGCUGCAGGAGCUCCAGGAGAAGAUCGAGAUCUUUCGAAACCAGCUGAGGGAGGCGCUGGCCAGGAGGGCGGAGAUCCAGACCAGCUUGGAGCGGGAACGCAGCGGAGCGGUACGUCGGGACACUAGCCUGGAGCGGGAGCGGGACCGGCUGCAGGUCCAAACUAUCAGCACAGACAAAAGCAGCGCCCCUCAGCCCGACAGAACCGGACAGACUCUCAACAACCAGCCUCAGCAGGUCAUUCCCGGGAACCUCGCGCUCGGGAAAAUCGGCCCGCUGAACACUAUCGACAGCCUGGACCGAGGCCGAGCCCCCCAGCUACGUUCGGUUCCCCUCCCGACGGAAGAUCGCACCGGCCAGUCGCGUGCCGCUUCUUCCGCCAGUUUGGACCGAAGUCGGUUCGGCCAGCACGGCACCGCGCAAUUGGCCCGGAACACUCUGAGCCUCGACCGGCAGAAGGCGAGCCUGACGCGCGUUCUCAGCACUUUGGACAGGACAAGAUCCAGCCAUUCAGACGCAGGGGGCGGGGCUUGAGAUCAGUUGAGGUCGUCUCCGCCAGAGAAAACGUACAUAGCCGCGGGAAGUCAGGCACGAUUAAUUAAAAAUAUUAACAGCGGACUCAUUUCUACAUUUUAUUUGUAAAGAUGUUUCGAUGCUGUUCAACGUAAUACAGUAUUGUCAUUCAGCUCUGCAUUUGUCCGCUAGAGGGCGCUCUUGCCCUUCUUCCCGCAGCUAUGGAGACCUUUUAAAGUGACUGAGGACAAUGGAGAAGCAAUCUAU